GCGCCAGCUGCCAGGAGGAAGCCGAAGAUUAGAUUUCAAACAGGGACGCAGGCGAGUCACACAUUUAGCGCCUCUAUGUUGUUGCCUAUCUUCUCAUGUCAACAAGGACAUGUGUGUAAUGUUUUCCGACUAAAUAACACUUCAACAUGAAUCUGGAGAGACUUCGCAAGCGAGUGCGGCAGUACAUCGACCAGCAACAGUAUCAAAGUGCGCUGUUUUGGGCCGACAAGGUAGCGUCUCUUUCUCAUGAGGACCCCCAGGACAUCUACUGGCUUGCUCAGUGCCUUUUCCUGACAUCACAAUAUCACAGAGCCUCGCACGCACUCCGCUCCAGAAAGCUUGAUAAGCUGUACGGUGCUUGUCAGUAUCUUGCUGCACGGUGCCAUUAUGCCGCCAAAGAGUUUCAGCAGGCUUUGGAUAUUCUCUCAGUGGAGUCCGGUUGUAAGAAGAUGCUGGACAGGAGUGUGAAAGAGGAGGUGGAGACGCCAAAGUCGAACAAGGACUGGGACAUGUCGCCCGCCUCUAUCAGCAGCUCCAUCUGCCUCCUGCGCGGCAAAAUCUACGACGCUAUGGACAACAGGCCGCUGGCCACCUCCAGCUACAAAGAGGCCUUGAAACUGGACGUGUACUGCUUCGAAGCCUUCGACCUCUUGACGUCGCACCACAUGCUCACGGCCCAGGAAGAGAAAGACUUCCUGGACUCGCUGCCUCUAAAGCAACAGUGCACGGAGGAAGAGGUGGAGCUUCUUCAUUUCCUGUUUGAAAACAAGUUAAAGAAGUACAACAAGCCCAGUGACCGAGUUGUGCCGGCCACUGUCAACGGUCUCCAGGACAACCUGGACAUGGUGGUGUCUCUGGCGGAGAGGCAUUAUUACAACUGUGACUUUAAGAUGUGCUACAAGCUUACGUCAAUGGUGAUGGUUAAAGACCCCUUCCAUGCUAAUUGUUUACCAGUGCACAUAGGAACGCUAGUAGAACUCGGAAAAGCAAACGAGUUGUUUUACCUCUCGCACAAACUUGUAGACUUGUAUCCCAACAACCCAGUGUCUUGGUUCGCCGUGGGCUGCUACUAUCUGAUGGUUGGCCAUAAAAAUGAAAACGCCCGUCGCUACCUCAGCAAAGCCACCACUCUGGAGAGGACGUACGGCCCCGCGUGGAUCGCCUACGGUCACUCCUUCGCCAUGGAGAGCGAGCACGACCAGGCCAUGGCCGCUUACUUCACAGCCGCCCAGCUAAUGAAAGGAUGUCACUUACCCAUGCUGUACAUCGGCCUAGAGUACGGCCUGACCAACAACUCCAAACUGGCCGAGCGCUUCUUCAGCCAGGCGCUGAGUAUCGCUCCAGAGGACCCGUUUGUCAUACACGAGGUGGCGGUGGUCGCCUUUCAGAAUGGAGACUGGAAGAUGGCUGAGCGAUAUUUCCUUGAUGCCAUGGAGAAGAUAAAAGCCAUCGGGAAUGAGGUGACUGUAGACAAGUGGGAGCCUUUGCUAAACAACCUGGGUCAUGUGUGUCGCAAGCUCAAAAAGUACGACCAGGCUCUGGAGUACCACCGUCAAGCCCUGGUGCUGAUCCCCCAGCACGCCUCCACCUACGCCGCUAUAGGCUACGUGCACAGCCUCAUGGGCGACUUUGAGAGCGCCAUCGACUACUUCCACACGGCGCUUGGACUGAAACGAGACGACGCAUUUUCCGUCACCAUGCUCGGCCACUGCAUCAACAUGUACAUUGGCGAAACGGACGCCUACGUAGGCUCCGACAUCGAGGACAAGGUCCGAGGCAGCAUGGACACGCCGGCCCUGAUCAAGGUGCUCAACACCACGAAGCCCAGCGACCCGCUGGCAUCGCCGAGGCUGGAAGACUCCAGCGCCAUGUCCGUGGAGACGCCGCUGUCCACCCAGGACAAGAUGGUGCUGGACAUGCCCCUGCGGCUCUCGUUGACGCUGGAGUGCGACAUGUACGAAAGCGACGUGAUGUUGGACACCUUGUCGGACACCAGCACAUGAUUGUCGUUUUUUUUUACCCGCACACUCGACCCGGAGGCAGAACUGUCAUAGCAACACGUUGCCACGGCGACGCAUGCCGGAGGACAAGACUGGUUUUCUUGUGUUGUGCCGUGAGUGGAUCGUGUGCUUACCACUUUGAAGAUACAGCAAUGCAAAAGCCAAGAAGCUUGAAGGCAAGUCAGCGUGUGCCUUGGACUCUGGAAGGACACAAGCUAACCUCGCAUCUUAAAGUCACUUUUUAAUGCUCCUCCUCUUUGACAAGACCUGUGGAUUGUGGCAUCAAGAGCCAAAAAAGUAGAAGAGAAGUGUCGGUGAAAACAAGCUGCAAGCAACUCCCAUUUCAAUAAAUCAUGCAUACCUUUAAGGAUUUUA